AUGCCUUCACGAAAACCCAGCAAGUAUGGAAACAAGUUUCGUUCAAGCGCAGCAUCCUCCAAUCCCCGCCGCGCGAAGACCGUCGAAUUCAACUCGUUGCGCUCCACCGAAGCGACAUCCCAAGAUGAGAAAUUCGAAGCCAUUCGGUUGGCCAACAGCAUUGAUGAAACACUCGGUUUCCCACGAUUUGAGUCUGGCGAGACAAGAGCUGGAUGGCUGGUCAACAUGCACAGCACGUCGAUACAGGAUGCGAAUGUGCCUGGCGGCCGUGCUGGAGUGGAUUAUUACUUCCUGCAGGACGACGGAUCGAGUUUCAAAGCGACUGUGGAAUACGACCCAUAUUUCUUGAUCGCAGUGAAGAAAGGAUACGAAACAGAGGUCGAAGAAUGGUGUCGACGAUCGUUUGAAGAUAUGAUCAAGAAGUUCGCGCGACUCGAGAGAGAGGACCUCAAUCUACCCAACCAUCUCCUUGGGUACCGGAAGACCUACAUCAGACUCAGCUUCGCCAAUGUCAGCAACCUGCUCGAGGUCCGCAGGACAAUACUGCCCCUGGCGGAAAAGAAUAAGAAGAACGAGAGUGCGAUGGACGCCUAUGUUGAGAUGACCAGUGCGACUGCUGGUAUAGAUCUUUUUGACGACGAGAUUAUUAAUGAGCAACGACCUAAUGGCAACAUACAAGCGAGUGAUUUUAUUGUGGAUAUUCGAGAAUACGACGUGCCAUACCAUGUCCGAGUUUGCAUUGACAAAGACAUUCGGAUUGGAAAAUGGUAUAGUGUCAAGGCAGAUCACGGCGUGGUAUCCUUGACAUGCUUAGAGGACAGGCUUCAGCGUGCAGACCCCGUCGUGCUCGCUUUUGAUAUUGAGACCACGAAACUUCCUCUGAAGUUCCCAGAUGCUGCAUUUGAUCAAGUUAUGAUGAUCUCAUAUAUGAUCGAUGGGCAAGGAUUUCUCAUUACCAACAGGGAGAUCGUUUCAGAGGACAUCAACGACUUUGAAUACACCCCCAAACCAGAGUAUAACGGACCUUUCAUCAUCUUCAACGAAGCAAACGAAAGAGCAGUCCUGGAACGUUUCUUCGAGCAUGUCAAGAUCGCCAAACCAACUGUGAUUGCAACAUACAACGGUGACUUCUUCGAUUGGCCUUUCGUGGAAACCAGAGCUAGCGUUAAUGGUCUCGACAUGUACAUGGAAAUCGGCUUCCGCAAGAACAGCGAGGAUAUCUACAUAGCUGACAACUGUGUGCACAUGGAUUGUUUCGCUUGGGUCAACCGUGACAGUUACCUCCCCCAGGGAAGUCGUGGUCUCAAAGCCGUGACAGUCGCAAAGCUGGGUUACGACCCCGAUGAGCUCGACCCAGAACUAAUGACACCAUACGCGAGCGAGCGGCCACAAACCUUGGCUGAGUACUCAGUUUCCGACGCUGUCGCAACCUACUAUCUUUACAUGAAAUACGUCCACCCCUUCAUCUUCUCACUCUGCACGAUCAUUCCGCUCAACGCAGAUGAAACGCUACGCAAGGGAACCGGUACUCUGACCCCCCCAGAAGCAUUCUACGAGGGCCACCUUCUCGAGUCUGAAACCUAUGUCGGUGGUCACGUCGAGAGUAUCGAGGCUGGUGUUUUCCGAAGUGACAUUCCCACACAUUUCAGCGUUGACCCGACUGCGAUUGAUGAACUUCUCAAUGACCUGGAUCACGCUCUCAAGUUCAGUAUCGAGGUCGAGGAAAAGAAAUCCAUGGAUGACAUCGCAAACUACGACGAAGUGCGUGCUCAGAUUGCAGAACGUCUGCUCGAUCUCAAAAACAACCCGAAGCGACAUGAAGUCCCAUUCAUCUACCACUUGGACGUCGCAUCCAUGUAUCCCAACAUCAUGAUCACAAAUCGAUUGCAACCGGACUCGUUGAUCGACGAGUCAGACUGUGCUGCCUGCGAUUUCAACAGACCUGGAAAAACCUGUGACAGGCGUAUGCCUUGGGCCUGGCGUGGUGAAUUCCUGCCAGCCAAGCGUGAUGAGUACAACAUGAUCCGACGCGCCACGGCAAAUGAAAAAUUCCCAGGCCGUUUCAAAAACUCCCCAAUGCGUUCGUUCGGUGAACUGAGCAUUGAGGAGCAGGCUGGUGUUGUCAAGAAACGUCUACAAGACUACAGUAAGAAGAUCUACCACAAGAUCCACGACAGCAAGACGAUGGAGCGCGAGGCCAUUAUCUGUCAAAGGGAAAAUCCUUUCUAUGUCGAUACAGUUCGAGACUUCCGUGAUCGACGUUACGAUUUCAAGGGCAAGCAGAAAGUCUGGAAGAACAAGACCGACAGUCUACAGUCAUCAGGUGCUUCCGCAACUGAGAUCGAGGAAGCCAAGAAAAUGAUUGUGCUGUACGAUUCUCUCCAACUUGCGCACAAAGUCAUUCUCAACAGUUUCUACGGCUACGUGAUGCGAAAGGGUUCUCGGUGGUAUUCCAUGGAAAUGGCUGGUGUGACAUGUCUUACAGGUGCCCAUAUCAUCCAGAUGGCAAGAGAACUCGUUGAACGCAUAGGUCGUCCCCUGGAGUUGGAUACGGACGGUAUCUGGUGUAUGCUUCCUGGAGGCUUCCCCGACGAAUUCAAGUUCACACUGAAGAAUGGGAAGAAGUUAGGCAUUUCAUACCCCUGUGUCAUGCUUAAUCACCUGGUACAUGCCAGGUACACCAACCACCAGUACCAGGCGCUUUCCGACCCGAAAACUUUCAAGUACGAGACUCACAGUGAGAACUCAAUCUUCUUCGAAGUGGAUGGACCAUACCGGGCAAUGAUCUUGCCAACAUCGAAAGAGGAAGACAAGAACUUGAAAAAACGUUACGCGGUGUUCAACCAUGACGGUUCCCUGGCGGAACUCAAGGGAUUCGAGGUCAAGCGAAGAGGAGAGCUGAAAUUGAUCAAGAUCUUCCAGACCCAGAUUUUCAAGUUCUUCCUCGAGGGUUCCAAUCUUGCGGAGACCUACGCCGCCGUGGCUCGAGUUGCCGAUCGGUGGUUGGACGUCUUGUACGAGAAGGGCUCUACACUGGCCGACGAGGAAUUGAUCGAUCUCAUUUCGGAGAACCGAAGUAUGUCCAAAACCUUGGAAGAGUACGGCAAGCAAAAGUCCACCUCCAUCACAACUGCUAGGAGACUGGCAGAAUUCUUGGGCGAGCAGAUGGUCAAGGAUAAAGGCCUGAAUUGCAAGUACAUUAUCUCGUCCCGACCACGAAACACGCCAGUCACCGAGAGAGCCAUUCCAGUGGCCAUCUUCUCGGCGGAGGAGAAUAUCAAGCGCUUCUUCCUGCGCAAAUGGCUGAAGGAAGACCCUGGCGACAUGGAUCCUCGGACUGUCAUCGAUUGGGACUAUUAUCUGGAGCGCUUGGGCUCGGUCAUCCAGAAGCUGAUCACCAUCCCGGCUGCGCUUCAGAAGCUCCGAAACCCAGUGCCUCGUGUUGCCCAUCCCGAUUGGUUGCGACGUCGAAUCGAGGCCAAGGAUGAUAAAUUCCAGCAGAAGAAGAUGACGGACAUGUUCAUUAAAUCGGAGAAGACCCCUCUUUCCUCCGUCAACGCAAACAUUCUGGAUCACCGUGUGCAGCACGCUGGUGACAUGGACGAGGCGAUCAUCAGCUCGACCCAGAAGAUCACAUCGCCCAACAACAAGAUCUCUCAAAAGAGGAAGCACCCAGAAAAUGCGUCGAAGACUGCCCUCGAUCCCUUCUCUAGCUUGCCAGCGGUCAUGCCAUCCAUGUCGGAAAACUAUGAGGGAUUCCUCAAGUAUCAAAAGCAAAAAUGGAAGAUCCAGAAACAGGCGCGUAUUCGCCGCCGUCAGCUGUUUGGCGAGCGAACGAAUGUUGCUUCGGACUCAUUGAGCAGCUUCUUCCGCAAUCAAGCCCAAAUGCUGUAUAUCAGCACAUGGCAAGUUCUGCAGCUGUGUGAGACAGGCAUGCCGGGAGUCGUACGGGCUUUCGUGCUGAUCGACCAAAAGAUCCACGCUCUCAGCAUCAGGGUUCCGCGACAGUUCUUCUUGAACCUGAAACGAGACUCGCUUCCUGAUGUUGACGUACCGGACUGCGACGUUGAGAAAGUGAACCACACUCUACCCAACGGACACCCCUCCGUCCACUUGUUCAAGAUGUCCUUGCCAGAAGAAAAGUAUCUGGAGGAGGCUGACAAGAUGGACAUCCUCUUCCAACACCCCAGUAUCGAGGGAGUCUACGAGGGCAACAUCCCGCUCAGCACUCGCGCUGUCCUCAAGCUAGGAAGCCACUGCACUUUCGAUGAGAGCCAGAGUGGUGUUCUCGGUGACGGACUGGACAAAGGAUUCGACCUUUCAACCCUGCUUCAUGCAUCCUCUGACCAGCCCUACCUGAUGAACUCGUCGUUGGUCUUCCACUACUUAUAUCACAUUGUUUCGGGAGACAGGCAGGUAUUUGCACUGUUUUCAACGGCAAAGAGUGAGGCACAUGUCAUCAUCCUCAACCGCACAAGGGAUGUGCAGGGCUUACCAAACGUGGACAAAAUCUACACUGAGUUGCUCACUCGAAAGGUGCAAUCCUCAUCAGGCGAUGAGUCUUUGAACGCAUUUGAGUACCAAGAUAAGAUCCAUUUCAAGACGACGCAGGUCAUGACGCGGAGGAAAGCCCACCUUGAGGUGGGUGAUAUGAUCAGAAAGCUUCGAAGUGACGAAAGUCGACCCGCCGUUCUUGUCAUCCAAUCUCAGCAGAAAGACCGUCUGUGCCAUGACAUUCCGAUCCUGAAGGAGUAUCCAGUUCUUUCCGUGAAGCCUGAAGCUUCGGACAUGGAGCUGCCGCCCUUGGGUUGGCAGGCAUUCGUUGCUAGACGUCUGGUCACACGGUAUCUGUACCUGUCUUCCUGGAUUCAGCACUUGACUCUGCUCGCUCGCUACGACGACUGCAGUCGAACAAUGUUGUACUCUGGUGGUCCCCAGGCCCCCCGUCCGGACCAUGCAGGCUACGAGAGAGAUGACAUCCUAGGUACCCUGGACAAGGUCAACAUGCCUUCAGUGAAUGUGCCAGGUGCAUACUCGACCGUCUGCAUUGAGCUAGAAGUCCGCAACUUGUCGAUCAACACAAUUCUGACAUCUUCUAUCAUCAACGAGAUGGACGGAAGUGACACCUUGUUAGCUCCAUCCGGAGACGGUGAGGACACUGGCGUCUUUUAUUCAGAGAAAGCGUUCGCCUCUGCUGGUGUUGUGGUACUCCGCGAGAUGGUCAAGCACUGGUGGACAGAAGCCUGCGCUGGUAACAACAUGGCAGACAUUAUGGUUCAGCACUUGAUCCGAUGGGUGGAAAGCCCUGUCUCGUGUCUGUACGAUCGGUCAUUGCACAACUACGUGCGCCUUCUCUCGCGAAAGUCGUUCCAGCGACUGAUGGCAGAGUUCAGGCGUGUUGGAUCGCAUGUUAUUUUCGCCAGCCCCACACGCUUGCUUCUCCAAACCACAAAGACCGAAGUGGGCAACGCGUACGCCUACAGUCAAUAUGUCCUCAAGUCCAUUCGUGCCAAUCCGUCCUUCCACUUCAUCGACCUAGAGAUCAAGGAGUACUGGGACUACCUCGUCUGGUACGAUGAGUACAACUACGGAGGCAAGGGCUGUCAAGAGGUUACCGAGGCCGACGAGCAGAAUCUCGAGACCGCGAUGCACUGGCAGCUCAGCAGGUUCCUACCCAUGCCUAUGCAAACCAUUUUCCACGACUGGACGGUCGAAUACAUCGAGCUCAUGCACGCAUUGAAACGACCCGAACUUCAAGACGGGGAGGUUUCUUCGACGCCCCGUCCGACCCAGAUCCCCAUCGGGCGGACCACUGAAGGUGACGACGAAGAAAUCACUGCCGUGCUCGCAGAUCGUUUCUCCAAGCCUUUGAAGAAGCAAAUCUCGAGUCUCAUCCGGAGACAACGUGACGAGAUGCUGCAUCCCGAACUUGCAUCUGAAUACGCAUUCCCCGUGUUGCCAGGAGUCUUGGUGGAAGCCAAGGAGAAGCGCAACCCCUCACUGGAGUUGACAAAGCUGUUGAUGCAGGUUCUGAGUUUGUCGAAAACCACGACCCUGGAAACGCGCUUGCUGCGAAGUGAGCUGUUAGCGCUGUUCGAGGUCCGAGAGUUCAGCAAGGAGGGUCGCUUUGAGAACCCUACCGCUAGCUUGAAACUCCCUGAGAUGUCGUGCAACUCGUGCUGUCUCAUUCGCGACCUUGAUCUUUGUCGCGACGAAGACGUGCUGCCGGAUUCCACGUCGGAUGCCACUGCCACUGCCCAACCCUGGCGAUGCCCCUUCUGUCAGGCCGAGUACGACCGACUUGCUACUGAAGAGUUCCUCAUUGGCCAGGUCCAUGGGUUUGUUGUCGAGUGGCAGACACAGGAUCUCAAAUGUGGCAAGUGCGGUGGCCUCAAGAUGAGUGAAUUCCUCGAGCAUUGUUCCUGCAGUGGCACCUUCGCUCCCACAGUUGAUCGCAAGGAGAUCGAAAAGAAACUCCAAGUGUUGGAUAGCGUGGCCAAGUUCCAUAAGCUCCAGCUGCUUGAGAACAUUGUGGAAGGAGUGCUGGAGCGAUUCUGA